AUUCUGUUAUAUUUUAAUUAUACAUUUUACUAACAAGAACUAAUUCCAAUAGUAUCCUUGGCUCUUAGAGGAGACACUGUCAUUGAAAAACCUUGGUCAUCAGUCUGGUGAAUCCCUAUUUUUAGGAUUAGGGUCAUUCCUUUACAUUCUUGUAGAUCUAUUCAUGGUCUGUAUGGUAGAGUGUGUGUGUGUUAAAUGACAGGACAGCUGUCUUAGGUGAGGAGUAAGGAGAAACUAUAUUUGGUUUUUACUGUGAUGCAUGGCCUGGUCACAAAAGAGUUUGUACAGAAAAAACAUGUAUUGAGGUUUUCUCAUACAAUAAUAGUAUAUAUAUUAUACAUAUAAAUAAGGAAAGGGGUGUUUUCUCUUGAUGUAUUUUGAACAUAUAAGGUUUUGUGAUAAUUUAUGUAUAUUCAUUUAAGAAAGAGUGAUUGUUUUAUAUAUCAGACACCAUUUACAUUAUCCUAAUGAAUGGUCAUUUGGACAUAUGCCAAAAGUAAUCCUCUACUGCCCCCAAGAGGGGUAGAAACUUUGGAAGAAAAUAAAAAAACCUACCACAACCUAUUUCUAGGAAAGUACUAAUAUGGACUUAACCACAAGUGAUGGGAGGAUCUAGAGGUGUUCAAUGCAUUUGUAUUGGACUGAAAAAGUAUAUAAACUGACCUUCAAGCUAAGAAGAUCAGAGAGAGAAAACCAUCAAUAAGAAGGAGCAACUCUUCUAAAGGAUUUUGUCAUCAAGGACUGCUCUCUCUCUCUCCCAUUACCAGCACAUGAAGAUCAACUGAGGUUGUAUACCUGUUUUGCAAUAACUGAAUUUAUCAAAUAAAUAAUCUUUUCUUUCAAAAGGCAUAACCCUCUGAAUUUUAUAAAGAAGUACAAAAUAGGAGCAAUAUCCAAUUUUGUUGGCGAGCAGUUAUUUUUCCUACAUAUUUGGCUAAAGCCAGCCAGGUUACAGAAAAUCCUUCAUUUUGGGACACCAAUCCACUCCUCUGAUCAGGUGAUAUCAAUUGUUUUUAAGACUGCAAACACCUGUGUUUUUUUUUUCGUCUUAAAAAGGGGGGAGAAGACUGUCUGUACUAACCCAAAUCAUACAAGACUAAAGGAUUUUUUGUUUAAAAGAACUGUAUUCUGAAAGCCCAGGAAGAGGUUUUCUAGAGUAAGGAAAAGGCCCAACAGAGAGAUUUCCUAGUUCUGCUGUUAAGCCCAGGAAGAGGUUUACAGAACAAGAGCCCAGGAAAGGUUCCAAAGCCUGAACUGAAGGCCCAGGAGAGGUUUUCAGGAAAAGAAAAGAAAAUCAGUGGCCACUGUACAAUUUUCCCUUGGAUCCAGGUAGAGAUUCAAGAGGCGCAGCUGCCAAGGUUUCCUUGAGUGUACAUAAAGAGGAAAGUCUGUGGAGCUACGAAAGACAUACCAGGAAAUGGCGAUAUAUGGAAAAAACAACUUUUAUAACAACAGGAAGAGACAAGACCAGAAUACUUCAUGGAAACCAUUGAUCAUUGGUUGCGUAAUUCCUAUAGUGGUGAUGACCAUCGUGGCGAUUCAGUGCAUAUCAAAUGAUUUGCAUUUGGAGAUUAAAGACUUGGCAAAAAGGACAAGGAGAGAAGAAAUAAUGUCACAGGAGGAGAACAUAUCGGAUUUAAAAUGGGAUUCUAUGGAUUCUGUGGUUGAAUCAGAGGUUAAAGGUGAAUUAUGUGUAGGAAGCGAGAAGGGUCCAGUAUUAACAUGUUGUGUAAAAGUACAAUUUAGUAAAGGAGAUGAAUUAGAUGUUAAUGUAACAGUUGGACCUAGAGGAAAAUAUCAAUGGAUGAAAGGGUUUUAUAUGCAUAAUAAUGAAUACAGGGCUAUGGAAUGCAACAUUGAGGAAAAGGUUUUCUGGACCAUGUUUAUAAAAGGUCACCAACCCAUUAAAGUAAACAGUAGUCCAGAAAUAGGUGAAACCCCUUUAACAAAACAAGGAAGUUUACAACCUCUGAAUAUUUAUGAUGUACGAUCUUGGAUAAAAUAUGUUGAACCUGAGAAAAUACAAGAAAAUAAUAUUUCUAGUGAUGAUAUUAGUAACAGAGAAUGGCAGAUUCAAAUUAGUAGAGAAUUUGCAUCAGUAAAAUUAGGAUUAAUAUUUACUGAAGUUGAGAUUGUGUUUCCAAAUGUGAAUGUAUGGCCAAAAAAAAUAAAUGUACAAGAAGGCCAUAACAUACGAUUAAGUUGUAAUGUGCAAUUACAGUUACCUUAUGGAUCCACAAUGUCAUGGUCAAAAGGUAAUGAUUUUCGGGGUAGUGUAUCCUAUGGUUCGCAGGUUGUUAUACAUAAAGGCAUAGUUGGGAAAGUGGAAUGGUCUAAACAAAAUUUCACUUAUAGUCUAACAAAUUUGAAAGUAUCAGAUCAAGGGGAAUAUCAAUGUUGCAUAAACAUAGUAAAUCAGGAAAGAUGUAGCCAAGUCAAGAUUGUGGUCAAUCCUCACCCUGCGAAUAUAACUUGUGUAAAUAAGUCAUUUAUUCCAUCAAGUCCAUUUCAGAUAAAUUAUUUCCAUUCUAAACCUUUGUUAAUGAAUGGACAGUUUAUGACCAUAAUGUGGCAUUUUAAUUUAUCUAAUUGGAAAAUUUCAUCGAGAUUUCCACAGUGUAGCAAAUAUCUUAUAAAUAUGGAACAAGGUAUGGAGAAUUGCUUUGGUAAAAUGAGUAAAAAUAUAACCAGAUCAAAGAGAGAUUUAAUAGAAAAGGUACUUGGAGGUAUAGGUACUUUGGGUACUAUAACCAAUAGUAUGGGAAUAAGUUCCCUACAGAAGAAUUUAGAAAAUGUUGGAUUGUUGGACAGCAAAGCAAUGUAUGUUAAAAGAGGAUUGAAUCAGAUUCUAAAUAAUAUGAUUGUGAAAACAGCUUCUGUUUUCGGCCCUUCUGUAUUACACCUCCAAGACAUAACAAUAGGUCUAUUGAAUAGUGAGAACGCUGCACAAGUUUCAAGAAUUUGUAUGGAAAUCCAAAUGGAAUAUUCGACUGAUUUUAAAGUUAUUGCACAAGCUUUGCAGGGUGGAAUUUCUCCUUUAGGCAUUAGGAAUAGUUUACCCAAAGAAUAUAAAAUAGCCUUAAAUCAUGUAGAUUUAUGGGUGAAUAAAUGGAUUGGGUGUAAAAAUUCUGAAUGCCUAGGAACAUCAUUAAUACCCAUAGCAGGGGAAGAAGUACCAUUAUACUCCAUGAGUGUUUUAGGAAUUCCUAUAAGCCAGUCCCAAUUAUUAUAUUAUAAUCUACAGUUUAAUGAUUUUAUUGUAAAUUCAACAGCUGAAAACCCGGUUCAGGUGGAUUUGUCUGCAUGUUUACGGUUUAAUUCAAAGGUAUUAUGUUUACCUCACCAGUUAAGACCAAUUUAUCAUUCAUGUUUUCAUAAUCAUUCUACUUGUACUGCAAGAAUUGAAGAUAUGAAAUCUCCUUUUGAAUUGGUAACACCUUUACAAGAAACAAAAGUUUGUUUACAGGUAAUGGCUAAAACUGAAUUAGUAAAGGUAUAUUUUUCCACUUGCACAGAGAUAGCGGAAUUGGAAAGAGGGUUAUAUUGUAUAGAUAAAAGUCCUUUAGGAAUACUUUUACAAGGAAUUCUGGUUAAUAUUCCUCAAAUAUUAACAACAGAUAUAGCUUCAAAUCCUUUUCAAUUUAAUAUCUCCCUUACAAAUGAGUUUCCAUGGUUAGAGUGGGCAAAACAAAUUCAGAAAGAUGAAGGCCUAUUGCAUAUGUUGGAAAAAAGGUUACAAAAGACAGAAAUUAUUUUCCAGCAUGAGCAAGGGAAAUUAAAGGAGAUAGAACAUGAAUAUUCAGAGAUGUCUGGGUCUUCCUGGUGGAGGAAGAUGACAAAAUCAGUAAACAUGUGGUCAAAAACAUCUGUAGGAACAGCUGUUGGAAAUAUUCUCAUUCACCCAUUAGUUAUUUUGUUAUUGAUUAUAUUAUUUUGUAUAGGAUUACAAAUGUUUGUAAUGUGUAAAACUAGAUACAUGUAUAAUCAUUUAAAAGAAGUUAUUGAACAGAGCGGAAUAAUUUUCAAGCAAAUGGUAUAUAGGAAGGCCGAACCUCCAUGCCUCUUAGCUAAAACAGCUGAUUCAUGUCAAGUUUAAAUGUGAUACGGAAGGUGUAUGGAUGAAUUUUCCUAUUUCAGACCAUGAAAAGGGGGACUGUAAGAUUCUGUUAUAUUUUAAUUAUACAUUUUACUAACAAGAACUAAUUCCAAUAGUAUCCUUGGCUCUUAGAGGAGACACUGUCAUUGAAAAACCUUGAUCAGUCUGGUGAAUCCCUAUUCUUAGGAUUAGGGUCAUUCCAUCUUUGUAGAUCUAUUCAUGGUCUGUAUGGUAGAGUGUGUGUGUGUUAAAUGACAGGACAGCUGUCUUAGGUGAGGAGUAAGGAGAAACUAUAUUUGGUUUUUACUGUGAUGCAUGGCCUGGUCACAAAAGAGUUUGUACAGAAAAAACAUGUAUUGAGGUUCUCAUACAAUAAUAGUAUAUAUAUUAUACAUAUAAAUAAGGAAAGGGGUGUUUUCUCUUGAUGUAUUUUGAACAUAUAAGGUUUUGUGAUAAUUUAUGUAUAUUCAUUUAAGAAAGAGUGAUUGUUUUAUAUAUCAGACACCAUUUACAUUAUCCUAAUGAAUGGUCAUUUGGACAUAUGCCAAAAGUAAUCCUCUACUGCCCCCAAGAGGGGUAGAAACUUUGGAAGAAAAUAAAAAACCUACCACAACCUAUUUCUGGGAAAGUACUAAUAUGGACUUAACCACAAGUGAUGGGAGGAUCUAGAGGUGUUCAAUGCAUUUGUAUUGGACUGAAAAAGUAUAUAAACUGACCUUCAAGCUAAGAAGAUCAGAGAGAGAAAACCAUCAAUAAGAAGGAGCAACUCUUCUAAAGGAUUUUGUCAUCAAGGACUGCUCUCUCUCUCUCCCAUUACCAGCACAUGAAGAUCAACUGAGGUUGUAUACCUGUUUUGCAAUAACUGAAUUUAUCAAAUAAAUAAUCUUUUCUUUCAAAAGGCAUAACACUCUGAAUUUUAUAAAGAAGUACAAAAUAGGAGCAAUAUCCAAU